UUGAGCAACAUCUGCCGUACGCGAGCGCGCGACACACCUCACGCGCAGCUAUUAUUUUGCGUCUCUCGUGCUAACAUGUCGGUGCUCCUGUCGAUUCAUUGCCGUUUCACACAAUAAGCUACCAUGUGAGCAGAAUUAUUAAUAUACUAACAGCGCUGCGAAUUAAAAAAAAGAAAAUAAAAAAGGAUGAACUGGCUGAGAGCGAAGAGGAGAACGCAGGUGAAGAUGCUCUUUUCGGGGAAUGCCUUUUGAGCGUGCUCGGCUUACACACCUGCUUAAUAGAGCAAACCCAGCGCCGGAGGUGGAGCAGUAUGGAUGGACGCGCGGAAAAGCGGGAGACGGGGGAUGCUGCUGUCCUCGUCGUGGAGAACGAAGCUGAGAGCAUGCCCGUUCAAGAGGAAAAGUCCGGGGCAAGUGGCCAACAUUACCUGGACACAUGCCCCGUUUGCUUUCUAAACUUUCACAGCCGAGAGCCCAAACUUCUGCCGUGCCUGCACUCUUUUUGCAAGAAAUGUUUCCCUUCCCCCUCGAGGAAUCUGGCCAUGACGGAGCCGCCAAACUCCCAGGUUGACAGGGCGACCAAACCACUGAAUGUGAUCCGCUGUCCGGUGUGCAGGCAGGAGUGUAUGGAGGUAGAUGUGAUGGAAAAUGUCUUCGUGAAGGACUCCAUUGAGGCUCCCAGCAGCACAGUGGAGAGGACAGUCCAGCUCUGUAUGACCUGCGAUGACAACACUGAAGCUGCCGGGUUUUGCGUAAACUGUGCCGAGUACCUCUGUGCCACCUGUGUGGAGGCCCACCAGAGAGUCAGAUUCACCAGAGAGCACACCAUCAGACAGAAGGCAGAAGUAUCACAAGGGGUCCACGGUGUGUCGACUCAGAGGCCGAUGUUUUGUGACAUCCACAAACAAGAGCCGCUGAAGCUGUUCUGUGAGACCUGUGACCUGCUAACCUGCCGUGACUGCCAACUAGUCAAGCACAAGGACCACAAUUACCAGUUCCUUGAAGACGCUUAUAAAAACCACAAACAGCACAUGGAGAACAUGACCCAUCAGCUGCAGGAGAAAAAGAAACUGAUUGAAGAGGUAUCAGAGCUCAUAAAAAACGGACUUCUUCAGGUCGAUCAGAACCGUUCAUCUGUUCAUAAUGAAAUAAAGAAAUCGAUCUGCAGUUUGAUUCUGGAGAUCAACAAAAAGGGCAAGGUGCUCAUUAAUCAACUUGAGGCUGUAACAAAGGAUCACGAGAGUGUCUUGCGAAAACAACAGGAAGACAUUGGCUAUCUAUCCAGACACCUGGAUCAUGUCAUCAACUUCACCAAAUGGGCCACAGCCAGGAAUGGGGGCACGGCCCUCUUGUACUGUAAACGUUUGAUUCUGUUUCAGAUUGGAAACCUCCUUCGGGCAAAAUGUAGUACCUCAUUUGUACCACAGGCCACUGUACGCUUCCAGUGUCGAUCCUCUUAUUGGGCUUCAAAUGUUGAUCUGGGCUCUUUACUGGUUGAGAGUGGUGGAGUACCAGGCCACCAGCUGGGUGGUUUUCAGGGUAUCUCUCAUCAGCUCUCCCACCCUGGGCAGGGCCCCUCGGGCUCACCCCACAGUUUUGCCCAGGGAGCACCCCAUAAUACUCUGGCUCAGCUCCAGAUGCAGGUGGACAAGCUAAACCCUCAGGCCCUCUGGCAACCGCAACCACCUCCUCCACCCUGGACAUGGUACCAGAGUGUCAGACUGCAGCGUAGCGUCCCAGGGCCCCUGCAUGGAGGCUCUCCCUCCCACAGUAUGCCCUCCCAACUAGGCCGCAGAUUUAUGGUGCCUCCUCCCAACCAUGCCAGCCCAACUAGCAGCUUACCAAGCCCUGGGUUUACGCCCCAGCCUCUGAGGGGGAUGGGAAGCAGCUCCAGCUACCAACCCAAACCUAUGGACGUAUUUUCUUCUUCAUCCCUGUACACCCAUAUAACGCCACGGGCCAUCAAUGGUGGCGUCACUUCGCCUCAAUCACGGCAUACGAUUGAGCCCACAUAUCUGAGUAGGAGGAGCGAUUCAGGUGGCCCAAUAUAUAUGCUGAAACCCAACUAUCCCCAGAGCCUGCCACCUUCUUUGCCACACAGAAACGUGCAAGGACAGCAGAAUUCACCAGGCUACGCUGCUGUGUCCCAGGAGGAGAAACCAGGGACUGUUUCUUGGAAACCUCCAGAAACACACCAGGCUAGUGAAGCAGUGGGCUCAGCUGUCAAGAAAAGACGAAGGUCGUCACCAGGCCCCAUCAUACUCAUCAAAGAUGAGCCAGAAGAUGACAGUAGUUAUGUACAAGCCAACCAAAGAGCCAGCCUCCCUGACAGCACAGGUGAUCAACCCCAAAUCAGUGCCCAGGAUGAGGGGAACAAAGCCCCAACUCCUCUUCAAAGCACAAACGACAAACCCCAUAGCCCCUCACAGCCUCCAAGCAGCCCACGGGACCAGAGCAACACUAAUGCUCCAAAUCACAUCCGUUCACUGGGAGGAGAACAGCAGGUAGAGCAGCGCAGAGCUCCGUUAGAAGACUCUAAUGAAGUCUUGUGUGCUGUGUGUCAGACUGGGGGAGAGCUGCUGCACUGCGAUAAGUGUCCCAAGGUUUUUCACCUUUCGUGCCACGUUCCAACUCUCCUCAAAUCUCCCAGCGGGGAAUGGUUUUGCUCUUUCUGCCGUGACCUGUUAUUGCCUGAGAUGGAGUAUGAAAACAAACCUGAAGCCAAAAGAAUAAAAAAGGAGCCAGAUUCUGAAAGAGGAUUUCCCCCUGAGGACAAACGAAAAUGUGAGAGGCUGUUGCUGCACUUGUUUUGCAGCGACCUGGGUUCAGACUUUCAAGAGCCUGUUUCCCCCUCGGUAUGUGCUAAUAACAGGCUGACUGUAAAGGGACCAAUGAAGCUUUCAGCUGUGAAGAAACGACUGGAGGCUAAGCAGAGUCCGUGCUAUCAAAGCCCUGCCGAGUUUGUAUCAGACAUCAAACUCGUCUUAGGGAACUGUGCAGCCCUCAGUGAGGCUGACACAGAGGUUACCAUGGCAGACAGGAAGCUUAAAGAACUGUUUGAAGAGCACCUGAGGAUCAUCUUCCCUGGCCAGACUUUCCCAGAAAUCAAACUGGAGGUGUUACCUACUGUCCCUCCCUCAUCUCCUUCCUCAUCUCUUGACAAUAUAUUAAAGCCUGCAAAGCACCAGCGUGCAUAUUCAGAGCCCCAGGAUACACCAAGCUGUCCCAGUGGAGAGGAGGGAGCAGUAUGAAAGCGAAACGAAAUCUUUUUAAUCGUUCAGAUAUUUGACAACACUGCCAGCACCAGCUAAUAUGUGCUGUGUUACACUUUGUUACGAACAUUUACGACACACAAUUACUUUCAGGUCACCAAAACAAUCAAAUAUGUUUGUUAUUAAAAUGUAUUGCAAGCAAACAAACAACUAUGAUCCAGAGCAUCGAAUUUGUUCGAUUUUCUGGACUCAUCUGCAUUACAGCUGUUACAUUUACUCUGAAUGUGAAGAAAUAGCUUCUCUCUCUGACUAAAGCUUGAAGUUUAUGACUGGGAUUCAUGCAAAUAGUACAGACUUGCAGCACAAUUAGGUGUUACAGGGUAAAACUGACGGCAAGCAGUCAGUUAUCAAUUCUAGUUCUCAGUUUGCUCUUACCAAGUGAUACGUCUGCUCACAGUAGAUACAUCGGUCCAUCAACACCGAGGUAAUAGAAGAUUUGGUCACGUCUGUGUGUCUUUCCUGUUUAGCACUCCAUGUGUAAAUAUAGCAGUGAUCAGAGGAAAGAUGAUAAUCACGAGCUUUGAAAUUUGUGGUCCGUCUUAUGUGGAAUAAGAUGUGUUACGAGCCCCCUCGAGGUCAGUAAAAUGAAAACAUCAAAGGAAUCAAAGCUGUUUGAUAAAACCACAGACUGCUUAAGAUGCUUAAUUGUCACACAUCAUUACACAAUAUUUCUGCUUGGUACAUUUUUCCAGUCUUUUUUAACAUGUU